AUGCCCCCAAAGGCCCCAAAGAAAUUAAAAGAAGAGAAGGAGGCGGAGGAACGUUUCAAGAAGAGGAUAAUCUCCAAGGUGUCUCAAUACCCCUGCUUAUACGAUAAGGAGAAUGGAUACUAUUGGGACACUAAAGCAAAAAGUGAUAUUUGGGCUACAAUCACCAAAGAGACGGGAUGCACCUCCAUUGAAAUUGCAGCCAAAUGGAAAUCGCUGCGUGAUGCAUAUGUACGAGAAAAAAGGCUAAAGGAGAACGAGUCCCUCUCGGGGUCCGCAGCGUCCAAGAGGAAGCCGUUUUCUUUCUUUGAACAGCUUUCUUUUCUGCAGGCGUAUGUACGCAAGCGAGAAAGCAUCUCUACUGUGGAUUUUGAAGAUACUGAAAGUGAUGCCUCAACUCAAAAAGGCAAUGAAGAAGAGGAUAAUAAUGACAUUUUUUUUUAUAAAAGCCUAGACAAUGAGAUUAUUUUAGCUAAUGAAAGCCUAGACCUAAGUCAAUCUCCAGAUUGCCAAACAUCCUUUAAAAUGUGGGAUGUUUUAAAUGAAGCUAAGAACCUGGCUAUUCUUUCUCCAAAGAGGGACAAGACCCAGACUCAGGAGAAGAGAAGCAAGGCCAAAAAAGAUAUUGAUAUGGCACUUGAGAUAAGUCGAGUUGUCACCUCCAUUGAAAGCCAGUUGUCACAAAGCGACAGACCAGAAAUGAUGUUGGGCCACUCGAUUGGCAAGGCCCUCAGCGAAAUAAAAAAUCCAUUGAUUAAAAACAAAUGGAAGAGGGACUUCAGGAACCUGCUGAGUGAAAUGGAGGAUGCUAUGGUGUCAUCAGAGGUAAAUGAAAAUGAUCACCAAUAUAUAUAG